CCGCCGGCGAUCGAGCGAGGACGGCGAGAGCGGUUCGGUGUUCAACGUGAAUCGUGCGUCGUCUUCGUCGUCGUCUUCGUCGCAAACGUCCGACAGAAGCGCGUCGUCGUCGUUCCGGAGACAUCGUUCGCCUUCGCAUCGAGUCGUCGCCGUCUUCGUCUUCAUGGAGAACUACGAAAAGGUUUUGAAGAUUGGUGAAGGGACGUAUGGUGUGGUGUACAAGGCGAAGAAUUUGCGCGACGACACCAUGGUGGCGUUGAAACGCAUACGACUCGACCAAGACGAAGAAGGGGUGCCGUCGACGGCGAUUCGAGAGAUCUCCCUCCUGAAAGAGCUUCGACACGAAAACGUGGUGUCGUUGCUCGAGGUGAUUCACGAGGAGACGAAGUUAUACUUGGUGUUUGAGUACUUAGAUUUGGAUCUUAAAAAACACAUGGACUCCUCGCCUCACAUCUCAAACGAUCGAAUGGUGGUGAAAGGAUAUGUGUAUCAGAUAUGCGCAGGCAUCGCGUUUUGUCACUCGCACCGAGUCUUACAUCGCGACUUGAAGCCGCAGAACUUGUUGAUUGACACGACACACAACGUUUUAAAACUUGCCGACUUUGGUUUGGCUCGCGCGUUUGGGAUUCCCGUGCGUGCGUACACGCACGAAGUGGUGACGCUGUGGUACCGAGCGCCGGAGAUCCUCCUCGGCGUGCGUCACUACUCCACGCCGGUCGACGUGUGGAGCAUUGGAUGCAUAUUCGCCGAAAUGAUCAACGGCAAACCAUUGUUUCCGGGAGAUUCUGAAAUCGACGAGCUGUUCAAGAUUUUCAAAAUUUUGGGCACUCCGAACGAGACUCUGUGGCCCGAGGCCCAAGAACUUCCCGAUUAUCAGCCAAACUUUCCGCAGUGGCCCGCGAAACCUUGGGAGUCGCUGUGCCCGGCACUAGACGAGGACGGUGUGGACCUAUUGCGUCAAAUGCUGCAAUACACACCGGAAAAGCGGAUCAGCGCCAAGCACGCGAUGCAACACAAAUGGUUCGACGAUUAUCCGCGAAAAUGAAAAGGAGGAAACGCGCCCGCCGACGUAGAGACACAUACAUCACAUCAAUAGAUGCCCGCGGUU